AUGAAUCAACACUCAAACGAGGAGGAGGACUCAUUUUCCUUACUCAAUACUUCUCAUACUGUUGCUGCUGAUAUUGAUGAUGAAGAAGAAGAAUUUAAUCAUUCCGAUGAUGAAAGAAAUGAUUGGAUUAAAACUAAUAGAAAAUACACAGAGAAGGAAAUAAUGAUGAAUAAUGGUGAAAGUGCUAUUGUUUAUUUGAGUGGAUUGGAUUCUAGUUUGGAUAAAAGUUUGCUGGAAACACUUUGUGUACAUAUUGAGGGUUUGAUUGGACCAGUGGUGGGAAAAUCGAAAAUGGUUCAACAUCCGAAUUUUCCAAACCAAUUUCAUAUAUCAAAGAGUGCUCACUUUAUGGUGGGUGUGUUUAAGGAGAGGAUUGAUCAAAAGAAGAGUGAGAUUCGAGAGAAGAAAAAGGUAAUUUCUCAAUCGAAUGGACAACUUUCGGAGGAAUAUAGUUUCUUGUUGAUUCAGGAAUUGAUUUCAAAACAUGUGAGUGCUGUGGAGGAUCAAUCGGGUGUUUUUAUUUAUUGUUUGAAUAGAAUGUACUCAAUUAUGCGAAAGGAGUUUGAAAAUAUUUCUACAAGUAGAAAUAGGAUGAAAAUGCAAAAGGAGCUCAGUAUGGCAAUCAAUUAUUUUGUUCAGAUCUUAUUACCAAAUGUAAUUUUGAAUGAAUUAAUUGAUGACUGCUUUGAUCCAUUUGAGGAAGUACAAAAAACCUACAAUUUGUGUUUCUCCUUUCUGGUGCCACAUGUAAAUAAUCAAAUAGCUCACACCCUUUCUAAAACAAUGAUGGAUUGGCUACUCUCACUGGAAACUGAAACAAUUUACAAACUCUCCAAAGAUAGAAAGUUGUUCGAUUUCUUUGUGAAUGCUAUUCCUCUUGCACCAACAGAAAAUAAUACCAAAGUAUUGCCAGGAAUACUAGUUGGAGAAUGUUCAUAUAUUUAUCCUAAAUCAUACAAUCUAUCAAACAAAUUGAAAGAUCCAAUAAGAAUAUUCAAAUAG